CCGAAUGGUUUGAUGCUUUUUAGAUUCCAUUGAGAAAGUAACAAUCCCUGCGGGUGGAGCAGCGCAUGGACACUGGGCACUGCUUGGCACUCAACCGGCUCCUCCUAUAGUACGGGCUGGACUGUUGGAUGGCACCGUGGAACAUAGCUUGCUUAUAGCUUUGCAGGGUGACGGACCGCUAUUUUCUCAACUAUACAAAGUGACAGAACAAGACAGCUUCUGUGUGAGGGGCUUUACAUAAUUCCCAUUUAAGGAUCUACAUAUUGGUAUCAAGGUGGUGAAAAUCCUGAACAUUACAAAUAACUCGCAACCGAUUCUAAACAUCUGUGUCCACAUAGCAACCUCGGCGUAUUCAUAACAAUCUGUGGUAAGCAAGGCUACUGGAUGAGACUUGCUUGUGGCACCCUGGACUCUCGGAUUGUGUCUGUACCUAUAUUUAAGGACUUCAAAUUUGGCAGUAGAAUUAAUAACACAUUCCCCGGAGGGCACAUAUCUGUGGUCGGACCCUCGUGGUUAAGGGUUGAGGGUCAGUGUGGGUAUGAGGACAGCCUAAUCCUGCCUUCAACAGCCCCACCGAGAGCCCUCACCCCCUGCCUGGUUCCUUGACAGUUAUCUGCAGAGAGAUGUCCAGAAGGAAACAGAGCAAUCCCAGACAAAUCAAACGUUCUCUCGGUGAAAUGGAGGCUACAGAAGGCAAUCUUCUAGAAGAGUCAAGCCAAUCAGAAAAAGAUGGAGCCACCUCUGACCAGGAGGGUUCAGCAGAUUGUGGCUCUUCAAGCCCAUCCUAUAGUGAAGGAAAUGAAGGAAAUAGAAGCAGCUCAGUGACUCGCUCAUUGGACCAGGAAGCAGAAGAAGCUUGCUCAAGACCCUCCCUUUGUGACCUUGGCCAAAUCCCUUCAUCUCCAUGUGCUUCAGAGGUUGAUUCUCAGGAAGGUGAAAAGUCACCUCUUAUUGCCUCAAGUCCAGCCAGCUUGGAGAACCCAGAUGAACCCCAGAGAUGGAAUGGGCCAGAUGAGCUGGAGUUAGAAAUUUCAUCUCCAGAUGGCAGUGCGCAAGUUCGGGCACAUAGUCAGUUGCCUAAAGGAUUUUCUUGGGGACCUUACAGGGGCAACUUUAUUGGAUCUUCAUCUUCCCCAGACCCCACAGAGAUGAGUACAUCUUUAUCAUUGGAUGUGGAAGAUGGGUGUUGGCUGACGCAUCUCAACCUGGUUUGUUGCGAAGCAGAAGCAAACGCUGUUCUGUUCAGGAAAGGUGAUCAGAUCUGGUGCAGGACGUCCCAGGCUAUAGAAGAGGGUGAGCUUGUUCGAGCUUUUCUGAUGGCAGAACCUCAAGCCAUCCCUAACUACCGUGUGAAGGAAGAGCCAGAUGAGACAUCCCAAGCUGCUUUUGUCACUCCUGAGUUCCAGCUUCUCCCUCAGCAGGCCGGCAUGGCUGCCAUCCUCGCCACAGCUGUCGUGAACAAGGAUGUGUUCCCCUGCAAAGAUUGUGGAAUAUGGUAUCGCAGUGAAAGGAACCUUCAAGCGCAUCUUAUGUAUUACUGUGCCAGCCGUCAAAGCUCAACAUCGCCGUCUAUGGAGGAGAAACCCAAGGACUGCUAUCCUAAUGAGAGAAUCUGUCCUUUUCCCCAGUGCAAAAAGAGCUGCCCCAGUGCAAGCUCUUUAGAGAUCCACAUGAGAAGCCAUAGUGGUGAAAGACCUUUUGUGUGCCUGAUCUGUCUUUCUGCCUUCACUACUAAAGCCAACUGUGAACGACACCUUAAAGUUCACACGGACACCCUAAAUGGUGUUUGUCAUGGAUGUGGCUUCAUAUCUACGACCAGAGACAUUCUCUACAGCCAUUUGGUGACCAACCACAUGAUAUGCCAACCAGGAUCCAAAGUAGAUGUAUACCCUGUUGUAAAGCCAGUACCUACCUUAAAGGCAGCAAAUUCAGUUGUGAGCCAGAUACCAUGUUCCUCCAACUUUUUGAAAUGUGGGUUGUGUGGGUUCUUGGCAGAUGGCCUCCCUAGUUUCCAGCAGCACGCACUUCUUCAUACUACACCUUCAGAGACACUGCCCCUUCAAAAUGAAAAGUCUCCUGGUUCUGAGAGAGAGCAAAACCUUGAAUCCUUGGAAAAUGGUGAUGCCAAAUCGCCAACUUCAACUUCAUCUUCCUCUCCAUCCUCCUAUACUGAAGAACCACAAGUUAAAAUCAAAGAGGAACCAGAAGCACAAUUCAGCAUUGCUGAGUCAGGUACUACCAGCAUUGAAGCAGAAGAUGGGGCAGCACUUGUGCCUUCACCAGCAGUAAAAGUGAAAACCGAAAUUUCUAGCCCAACACCUGGAUCCAGUCCUGUCCCAAAUGAACCUGGAUCAGUACCUGGUGGAGGAACAGUGCUCAUUCCUCACUACAUUUUUGGGCAAGAAGCUUCUCCAGCAAUAGUUCCACAGGCUUCUGAGAUUCUUGCCAAGAUGUCUGAGCUGGUACACAGUCGUUUGAAACAAGGACAAGCUGUUACCCCUGUUGGUUUUUCAGGGACUCCUACACAGAAAGGUGCUACAUGCUUUGAAUGUGAAAUCACGUUUAAUAAUAUAAAUAACUAUUAUGUGCACAAGCGGCUGUACUGCUCUGGAAGGCAUGUUUCAGAGGAGAGCCCAAGCAAUGGUCGCAAAGUUAAAAUUACACCUGUAAGAACAGUGGCAACAUCUGGAGGUUCCACUGUUCCUGCUGUUGAUGGUCAGAGUGCAUCACCGCCUCAAGAGGAAGCUGGAGGGGACAGCAGUACCCCAACAGUAGCAAUAAAGGUAGAGGAGGGGACAAGCUUGGAAGGUGAAGGACCAGGAAGUGGACAUGGCAGUGAGGGCAGCCAGAGCCCCAGUUCCUUGGAUGAACCAGAUGAAGACCCGACCCGGACAGUUUGUGAGGCAUGCAACAUUCGAUUUAGCCGUCAUGAAACCUAUGUAGUGCAUAAAAGAUACUAUUGUGCUUCAAGACAUGACCCUCCCCUUCGCCGUGGUUGGAUUAAUAAACCUGGUGCACCACAUACUCCCCAACCAGUGCCACGAACACGAAAACGCCGCAAGUUAUAUGAGAUUCAUGGUGUAACACCUCCAGAAGGCACUCCUCCAUCACAUCCACAGGGAAGGGUAGAGGCAUUCCCACUCAUGCCAGGCCUGAUACCAGCUCCUGCUGUACCCUCCCCCAGCUCCAGCCCAGAUACUUCUGAUGGUCCUAUUGACCUAAGCAAGAAACCACGCCUUCUGGUUGAAGCGUCCUUAUCUCCUGCUGUUGCUGCUGCUGCUGUGGUUCCUUUAACGGACUACCAUGAAUGUACUGCUUGUCGUAUAAGCUUUAAUAGUUUGGAAACCUAUCUAGCGCAUAAAAAGUUUUCCUGUCCUGCUGCUCCUUUGCAACAGAAAGCCUUACAGCAACUUCAAAAAAUAAAGUCCCCUGUUGCUGGAAAACUCAUUGAAGAGAAUGUUAGAAUUAAAGUAGAAAGAAGAGCAUCUGUGAGCCCUGGAUCUUUAAGUGAGAACAUUCAGCCUUCUGUUCUAAAUUUCUCUGCUGGCCCAGACUCUAAGCAGGUACAGCAGUUCCCAGCUGCCGCAGAAGCCUCUCCUUCCACUACCACUUGCCCUUAUUGCCCUCCAAAUGUGGUAAUCAGAGGGGACCUGCUUGAACAUUUCAGAAGUGUACAUGGUGUAUUGUUGGCAAAACCAACCACAGGGCAUCGUCUACAAACCAAUUUCAUGGAGGUAUUGAUUCCAGCUCGUGUGCAACCAAGCAGUGCAUCAGAGAGUAGUUUGCCCAGUCCACCAGUGUCUUCUGAUUCACCCCUGCAGUUGUCUGUGCAGAGAAGGGAUCAUGCCAACAUAAAAGAAACCACAUCAUCGUCAUCAUCCUCAGCAAAUGGCAGUCCGGUGUUAACUAGCAUGCCUAGGCCUCUGUUGCCAAUCUCACCUGCCCUCCCUUUGAAUGUUCUUCCUAUUGCUGAAAUUCGCAAGGAGGAUGGUCUCAGAGGUGCUCCUCCAGCUUUGAUCCCUGGGGAUAAAGCCAUGCAACCGCCCAAGGGGAGUUUAACUUCUCCAGUCCCAAAUGGUAAUCACAGGUACUGCCGGCUCUGCAACAUAAAGUUUAGCAGUUUGUCGACAUUCAUUGCUCACAAAAAAUAUUACUGUUCAUCUCAUGCGGCUGAGCAUGUUAAGUAAACCAAUCAGGUAUAAGAUGAUUGUUAACUGAGUGAACACUCACGGAGUAUACUGAUGUAAAGAAAGAUCCCUUUGUAUGGCUAACCAGUAGCUUUAAAAAUAAGGCUUUGGUUCAGCCUAGUGGCACUACACUGAAGCGUUCUCUUUUCCAAGAGAAGCCACUGGAGUAAACUGUGUUUUAGCCCAUUCUAAGCAGGGAGUUUAGCUGUUCUCAAAACCACAAUGGAUGAUAACAGUCUUCCCAUAAUAAAGUGACUUGUUUGGGAAGCUUCAAGAUUUGCACUGCUUGUUGCAAAAUAAACCAUAAACAGAACUCUUAAAUUCUUCUUUUUAUAUUUGCCUCCCAUGUGUUAAGCACAAAACUGUUACAGAGGAUGAAGAAAAGAAAAAAAAAAAAACAAUGAAGGAGAAUGUGUCUUUGUUACAGGGCUGGGGAGGGGGAUAACUUUUUUCUAGUAAGUUAUUUUUGAGAUGUAUUUAAAACAUUGUGGAAACAAAAUCUAAACUGUUCUUUUUAUAAUGUAAGCUCUUGGAUGAGAUGGAAAUGUAUUUACUGUUUCUUUUCAGUAAAGAAGAGAUUACCGUUUUAAUUGGAUGUCCAAUAGAAUUUCAUACAAGUUCCUAAUUACUAUUUUAGGACUUUUUUCCCUCUUCCUGUGCAGUAGAUGUGAGCUGAAUUACAGAGCUCCGCCACUGUUAACGGAUACUACUCAGGACCCGUUUCCAUGAACUCAAUGCAUUCCUAGGGGAUCUUAAGCAAGGAAAGAGUAAAAUAUUUGUGUUUCUUGAUAUCCAAUAUCAUAUGUUUUAAUCCCUCAUCAUAAUAAGGGGGCAAAAUGGCAAUGCUGAGCUGUACCUAAAACUGCGAAUUGGGUUAUAAGAGACUAAAUUAUUAUUGUUCUAUUGUUAAGGCAGUUGAAAUUAUAUAUCUGCAAAAUUAUAGCUCCUUUCUUCCAAUAUUGACAGUUUCUGAGCCAGUUGUUACAAUCAUAUUCCUCUUGAUUUAAUUUGGUUUAAAAAAAAAAAUCUUGAUGAAACUAGGCUGUUCCAAAUAGGGUAUAAUUGGAAAAAUAAACUUUAGCACGUCCACUAUACACGGAAUCUUGCUACAAUUAGAUAUGUCUCUGGCUGCACUAAAAUAUACAUGCUUAGCUAUUCUAGAAUAAAACAUACAAAUGGUGGUUAAAUAAUACAUUUCUAGUGGUGUACUGCCACUUAAAGGGGCAUUGUAGGACGUGUAUGGAAGAGCAGCCCUUAAACAUAAAAAUAGUAAAAAAUUUGACUAAUAUGAUGCUAGUCAACAAUUACAUUUUGAGUAUUGAUAGGGACAACUCUUAAAAUUGUGUUGGUAGACAGUGACCAGCCUCUACAGGUCUGAUAAGAAAAAAAGAUAUAUUCAGCACAGGAACAUUCAAUACAAACUGUAUAAUAUUUUAAUUUGUUUCAUCAAAAACAUUUUGAAAUGUAUUACAAUGUCCAUUUAAUUGGUUGUUGUUUUUUGUUCACUAAAUAUAUCCAAUAGGAAUGCUUGGUAUCUGAAUGCAAAAUGCAUGAGUGGACAAGGUACAAUUUGGUAUAUUUUUGUGCAUGUGUAACUUUGAUAAGAUUGAAAAGAGGCUUUCAUUUUCACCACCCUCCUAUAGCAGUCUGAGACAUACUCUAAAUGAACAGGCAAAAUCUGUUUUUUGUCUUCUUUUUUACAGCACUCUUCUUCUCGCCUUCUAGUUCCCGAAACCGAUUUUUUUAAGGUUGUAUUUUUUACAUGGUAUUAUAUAUGACCUAAACUGGAAGACAAAAGGUUGUGUUUAAAUGAAUCCAUAAAAUAUAUUUAUAUAUUAAUAUAGAUACCAAGAGCACUGAUUCACAAAUAAAAAACACACACGCGUUUCUGGCAACUAACAGUGUGUAUAAUUGUGUACAUAAUAAAAACCUGUGUAUUUUAACUGUC